UGGACCAGUCGACAUCACACACUGUCUCUUGUUACACACAUACACACACGCACACCUGAGAAUCAUGACAGAAAACAACGAAUUACAAGCUCCAUUCGAAAAGACGUACUACGUUGAUGGAAGGAAGGAAAGGCUGAUGGUAUCUGCUAUGCAUCCCGAUAGCAUCAAGGCACUGAAAGAUUUCGAAGUCCGCGACGAUGACGUAUACAUUGUAACUUACCCGAAAGCAGGUACAACUUUCAUCCUAGAGAUCGUGGAUGCUAUUAUGCACAGAGGAGACAUCGAUGCCAUCAAAGGCAAAAAGAUGGAAGACAAACUGAAUCUGCUUGAAUUAGGCCCGGCACCAGGCAUAGAUGUUGCAACAUAUAAAAAGGUGACGACGUGGAAGUCGCCUCGACAACUCCAGACUCAUCUGCCACGUGACCUGAUGCCACCGCAGCUCUUCACUAAAAAACCUAGGAUUAUCUUUGUAACAAGAAACCCCAGGGACUGUUGCCUGUCUCUCCACCAGUGGCAUGCAACUGUGAAGUUUUUGGAGCCAUGCGAAUGGGAUUAUUAUUUCGAUCGCUAUAUAGAAGGUCAAACAAUAUAUGGGUGUUGGUUUGAACACUUAGCAACAUGGAUGCAACUGAGUGGUCAAGAUAACUUUCUGCAUCUAAAAUAUGAAGAUAUGAAAGAGGAUCGUCAAGGUGCCUCGGAGAAAGUUGCGAAGUUCCUUGGAUACGACCUGACGCCUGAAGAAAUGAAGAAAGUCGUAGACCAUACCGAUUUUAAUAACAUGAAGGAAUAUAUGAAAACUGUAACUCAACGCGACGUGUUCCUACGUGAAAACAGACAUUGGCAACGCAAAGGAACCGUUGGCGGUUGGAAGGGACAAUUCACAGUGGCCCAAAAUGAAAAAUUCGAGGAAUGGGAACAACGAAAAUGCAAAGAGUAUGGAAUCGACUUCAUUCAAUACUAUAGCAAGACACCCAAGAAAUAGAUACAUAAACACAAGCCAUGCCACAUACGUGACUUUAUACUAGGAUUUCGUUUUUACCCAAAAUGCAACUAGGAAACUUUCGCUAGACCUCGUGACAGAGAAUAAUUAAUUUCGUGACCAAUUAAUUUAGAUAUAUUGUGUUCAUAAUUUUUUUUUAUUAUUAUUCAGUGAAUAAAAUGAGCUUCGGGUUAGUUUGAA